AUGUCUGACCAACCUCCCCCAUACGGUGGCCAUCCGAGCUAUUCACAGCAGUGGCCUCCUGUAUAUCCCUCCAUGAUUCCCCCGAACUUGCCGCUCAAUUCGGACUACUCUCAAGUGCACCAAGCACCGGCGAUAAAUCCUGGGUCGACUUUCGACUAUAACAUGGCAAAUGUCAACGCGAAUGCGCGAAUCCCAAGUUCAAACGGUCCUGGAAACUCAGCAUUCAUUCCGCCCCAGUUUCCAAUUUUCAACCACUUCGACGCGUCACAAUUUCCGCCCCCUUUCCCUCCAAUGCCAUUUCCUCCGAUGAGCUAUCCCCCUAUGCCAGCAGGGUCCUCAAAUCCUCCAAUGCCGUAUCAGGGCAUAGACGGACAUUCCUCACACCAACGAUCAAAUCCAGGCGUACAUCUGAAAGACGUCCCAUUUCUGGCCGAUAAUCGCCGUGAAGAAGGCGAAGUUAGUGAGGAAUCGGAUGAAAGGUCUGGACAACCAACGGCGCGUAAGACUACGCGCCAGUAUUUGGACCUGGAAGAGGGAGAAACCAUAUCUUCUAGCGCACAGUCCGCUAGGAGUACAUACAACCCUCCUUUGUCAGUCCCAGGAGACGCUACCAUGGUGCACCAUGCGAUGCAAUCUCAUCGGCAGGGCCCACCUGCCCCUGUCCCUGCUCCUUCACCUCAGAAAUCUGCGGCGCAGCUGCGAAUUCAAGCCCAAGGCGCUUUGCUUAGCUUGGCGCCCCACAAUAUCCGCUACAAUGAACUGGUCGCAGAGGGUGUCAACCCUAUAAUCUUGAGACGCCUUUACGAAGAAGUCGGCAUCAAGGUCACCACGUCAUCUGGGCAGGUUCCAGCAGUUCCUGAGAAAGCCUCCACCGCCGCUGUAGUUGCUAGCAAGGGACUAGUAUCUAAUAAGCCAGCCGAGGCGACGAAGAUAGCACCAGAGAAUCACAGCAACACGAAGUCGGAUUCGUCAGUGCCCCGAACUUCUGCCCCUUCCGCCGCUCCUCCUUCUAAAGCUGGUAAGCCUUUAGAGCGAAAGGAACUUAUCGCCCGGAUGCUGGCUGAAAAAGCUGCAAAGGCGAUAUGCAAAGAGACUUCACCAACUGGCAGUGCGAAAUCCGCCUCUGCCAAACCAGUUGAUGAACCCUGUCCAGUUCAAAAGGAACCCCUUGUAAAGGAGAAGAGCAAAGCCCAGACGGAGUUGGCAAGGCAACGAAUUGAAGAGCUCAAAAGACAGACCUUGCUGAAGAAUCAAAAAUUGGCUCAGGCAAAUCUGCCAACGACCCGGUUAGAAUCUCCAUCGCCAGCUAUUCAACACCCGCUUCCUCUUCGGCCUCCUAUGCCUGAAUCUCGUCGCUCUGUUGGGCUUCCAGGACUUCUUAUGACUGGAUUGGAGCAGGAGCCGCCACAAGAAACUAUUGCCUCUGAGCCGGUACAGGUGAUGGACCAUGAGUCAACACCGGUGUCUCGAGUAACCCAACGCAAGCGGCCUCGUGCUUCCGAUUUCGAUGAGCCUGUUGCACCUCCAAAAAAGCAUUUUAACUCGGCUGCUACUCGGUUCGACACUACCGACAAACUCAUCAUUGCAAUCAGCGACGAUGAAUCACUCUACGGCGAUGACGAGGAUGACAACAUGGAGCUGGAUUCGAGCUCAGAACAGGAACCAGCGCCGAUAGUGACCUCCAACAUCGUGCAGCCUCCAGCCCAAGCAAAUCCUCCUGCCACCCGAGCUUCGACAGCUACACCACAAGGUCCUUCUAGUCUCAGUGACCAAGGAGACAUUCGACUUAAGGAUAUGGAAAUUCAAGCCAUGCGCCGCAAGAUUGCGGAGCUGGAGCUACGAAGGAAAUCGAAGCUUGCUGCCAGCCGAACCCAGUCACCUCGCACCCUGGAUGACUCUGGGGCAUCAUCGUCCGGUGGACAUGCCGGUGUGAUCGCAGCUAUUUCUGAAGAAGACUCUUCAAAGACUAAACCGACAACGGCCGCCCCUGUUGUCCAUCUGAAUGCAGCAGUCGAAGGCGCUGCCACCCGAGAACCAGUUGAAGUAGCCUAUGCUGAGGAAGUGGCAAACGGCCCAAACGGUAGCACUGCACAGGUAUCGGCUUCAAUUGAGUCCGAUUCUGCUGGGUCAGCUAUGGAAGAAUCUGAUGACACCAGCAGUGAUAGUUCCGAUUCGUCUAGUGAGAGCGAUGAUGAACCUUCUCCCUCGCCAGCUCAAGCCGAUAUCGACCCUGCUACUGUGCUGUCACCCUCAAGGCCCAUGGAGAUUGAGUCUUCAGAGCGAUCUGUGUCUCGGAGCUCGCCCUCUGCGUUCACCCGUCCUAGUGCAACUUCUGCCGACGAAUACGUUUCUCGGCAUCAUCCUAGCGAACAGUCUCGGCGUGAAGAGUCUGCGGAGUCCGACGGUUAUGAGCCCCCAGAGCCUGAUGCUGAAGCACAGUCUGAAGGCUCGAGUUACAGCCCUCCUCCAUUCAGCCCAGCUCUUUCCGGUCUUGUAGAAAACACAGCAGUCUCGGCACCAUCAUUUGACUUGACUCAAGCUCAUGAAAAACUAACAAGCACGCCUCAGGUGUCAGACCCAUUACCUCGGUCUGAUUUGCAGGUUGGCGCCCCUGGCACUAAAACAUCACCCGCCACUUCGGAGCAAAGAUUCACACCGUACACCAGCCCACUGCGAACGUUUAAGGCUUAUCGCUACCACCCGCACUAUGCCGAAGACGUCCCGAGUGGCUACCGCUCGCUAACUUACAGUCACAACAUUGAUUCCAUGAAAUACAUGUGUCCAUAUGAGUUGGCCGGGGGUGUAUGCAAUGACCGAUCCUGCGAGUUUCAGCAUCUUCGAGACAUGACUCUAAGCGACGACAAGAUUCUCGUCCAGAUGGGCUCUGUCCGGGAGGGUCAAACCGAAGAAGAAAAGGAAACAUAUCUUGCUGGUUUGAAAGAGAUCAUCAACGACUUACGGCGUGACAAGGUGAAAGAUUUCAACACUGUGGCCUCCGAGAUAGCCGCGUACCGUAGGCGCUUCCUCCAAGACCCGUCGCGUGUCUUGUCCCUGUAA